AGUGAGAGGAAGAGAACAGUGGCGUGAAGUCUCUCGGUGCAUCAGUGUCGCAGUUUGAUUCACAUCCGCAGUUUGUAACGUCUGAAGCUGAACAAGGAAGUGCAGCCAUGGCGCAGGGGCUCCGAGACCGGUUUGACAAGUUCCUCCAUGAGAAGAAUGUCAUGACGGACCUUCUGGAAAAGGUUGAGAAGAAAACGGGAGUGAGCAGGACGUACAUCGCCAGCGCUGCCAUCGCCAUCAUCUCUGUUUACCUCGUCAUCGGUUACGGAGCCUCCCUGCUUUGUAACCUCAUCGGCUUUCUUUACCCAGCAUACAUUUCGAUCAAGGCCAUUGAAAGUGCCACCAAAGACGACGACACCAAAUGGCUGACCUACUGGGUGGUGUAUGGAGUCUUCAGUGUGGCAGAGUUCUUUGCUGAUAUCUUCCUCUCCUGGUUCCCAUUCUACUAUAUUGGAAAGGGUGCCUUCUUGGUGUGGUGCAUGGCCCCGACUCCUUCUAACGGAUCGGUCCUGAUCUAUACACGCAUCGUUCGACCCAUUUUCCUCAAGAAUGAAGCCAAGAUAGACGAUGUUGUGAAGAACAUCAAGGAAAAGGCGUCAGAUGCUGCUGACAAGUUCAAGGAUGAGGCCAAGAGAGCCACAGCUAACAUCAUUUUUGAGGAGAAGAAGGACUCCUAAGAAGGAAGUACAUGACUGCUGUCGCCUCUGGAGCCGAUUCUGUUGCAGAAGAAAUGUUGCCUUGAACAUGAUCUAUUUCAGUCUGUAACCUUUAUCUUCAUCCAUGCUGUAUUCUGCUGCACAUGUGUCACAUGUAUGAACGAAGGAACCCCCCCGCCCUCCCCCAGUCAGUUUACUUUGCCUCGUCAGCUGUCAGAUAACUGACGCGCCUUGUGAACCAAAUAAAGACAAACUUGUUGAAGUGGUUCUCAGAUUUGGAUUCUUUCUAUUUGUUCCUGUCCAUUGUUAGGUGAAGUGAGAAAUGUUCAAGUUUGUAGCCUCUUUCAUUCACAGACAUUCUUGAGUUUCUGUUCAUUGAAUUUCAAAUGAAUCAAAUAAGCAACCAUUUAUUAUCGUCCUCCACUUUCAAGUAGUAGUUUAAAGGUACCAGGUAUUUCUAGAGUUGUAUCAUAUAUUGUUUAUUGAUUGUUUUAUGUCGUUUUCCAUCAACUCAUAUCUAAAGUGACCUAUUUAUUGAUGAAUUAUGAUAUACAUUUUUUGAAAUGAUUUCCUAUAUAUUGACCAGUUAAUGUAACUCAAAAUCAAUAAAUGCAAUUCUUGGUAAUUUACUCAAACUAUGGAUUAAAAAUGAAUCUGUAAAACCUU